CCACCCCCUCCGCCCCCCUCCACUGCUUCCCUCCUUCCCUGCUCUGCUCACAUAAGCACACCGUUUAGUUUGCUAAGCUUCGUUUGAUGUUAUGGCUCAGCUGUACGAGAGAUUCCUGAAAGUCCUUCAAAAGUGGCCACUCAAUGCUGAUUAUCCUCCCCCUCUGAGGAGCCUUCCUGCGCACUUAAGAGAUCAGGGUAAAGCUGCUUUCUCGGCUAGAGGAGAAUUCUCGGGAGAUACACUGCAGUGUGAAAAACGCCUGAGCAGUCUUGAAAGACUAACAACGAACCAAAUCGCUCGUGCCUAUCCACGAACCCAACAAACAGGUGCCUUAGGUUUGACGUCCGAUCAAUGUGUUUUUGCCUUGUCCGAUAGCUAUCAGAAAUCUCUGGAGACAUCGGCAACUACAUCCUUGUUUCAACGUAUUGUUAGUUCAUUUAGACAAGGCUCAGGUAAAGAAAAAGCCUAGAUCUGUGCACUACAAUGGCCAAUUUUC